CUGGUGCAUGGGAAAUGCUUUUUGGUUACUUACAGGCUGCUUAGGCAAGACACAACUUGGUCCACCUGCCCUCUUCCUCCACCAAAGCCAACUGGUGGCCUCGUAGACAGACCUGGGUUCAGGGCUGGUGGGUUCACAAUUGAGGGCUAGUGGCUCCGUGUGAGGUCCUGCUGCAAUGUUCCCCAGAUGGACCACUGAGAGUCUGAUGAGAACAAGUGGAAAUGAACAGCCAGGCUCUCCUUACAUACAAAUGCCAAAGUGGGUAUGUAAGGCUUGUCUGUAUCUUCCUGACCCUCUCCUCUCCUUUCAGCACAAUGAAGCUUUUCACAGGCCUCCUUCUCUGCUCCUUGGUGCUCGGAGUCAGUAGCCAAUGGUAUUCCUUCUUUACUCAGGCUUACGAAGACCUGGGGAGAGUCACUACUGACUUAUUAGACGCUGUAAACAAACAUGCAGACAAGAUCCUACUCGGCCAGCUUGUGUAUAACAUCGCCCGAAGAGGACGUAGGAGCACCCAGGCUGCUACAGUGAUCAGCGAUGCCAGAGAGGAUGCUCAGAGAGUCACAGACUUGUUCAAGCCUGGAAGCAGUGGCCACGGACGGGAGGACUCGAGGGCCGACCAGGCUGCCGAUGAAUGGGGCCGGAGCGGCAAGGACCCCAAUCACUACAGACCCGCCGGCCUGCCCAGCAAGUACUGAGCUGCCUCUCACUCUGCUCAGCAGACGGGGCUGUGAGCCCCCACGGGCAGCGACACUGAGCUAGUGGUUCUCUGUCCACAGAAGGCAGCACAUCUAAUAAAUGCUUAAGA